UAUCAGCCAGCCUGUGUGCCACGGAGGGAACUCCGCUGUGAAAGUGCACUGACAUUAUCAGCUCCAGAGGUCCAAUGGUCAGAGCUCGCGCCGGGACUCCUGCACACUGCACCCAGACCGCAUGAGGGCUUGAAGGCUGACUGGGUUUGCGGCAAUCGAACACAUCCGUACUGACAGAAAAAAAAAGUUAGGCCGGUGUAUCGCAGUCAUGUCCGGACAACCUAGAUUCGUGAGUCCGUUUUCCAGACCCCGGUGCCUGGCUGCUGCAGCUCCGGCGGGGAAAGCCAAGCUCACGCACCCCGGCAAGGCCAUCCUGGCAGGCGGGAUCGCAGGAGGCAUCGAGAUCUGCAUCACCUUCCCCACAGAGUACGUUAAAACACAGCUGCAGCUCGACGAGAAGGCCAAUCCUCCCAAAUACAAAGGCAUCGCUGACUGUGUGAAGCAGACAGUGAACAGCCAUGGGGUGAGGGGUCUUUACAGAGGUCUAAGCUCUCUGCUGUACGGCUCUAUACCUAAAGCAGCUGUCAGGUUUGGGAUGUUUGAGUUCCUCAGUAAUAAGAUGCGUGAUGAAAAUGGUAAACUAGACAGCAAGCGAGGAUUCCUGUGUGGCCUCGGGGCUGGAGUCGCAGAGGCGGUGGUCGUCGUCUGUCCGAUGGAGACUGUUAAGGUAAAAUUCAUCCAUGAUCAGACAUCAGCAAACCCAAAGUACAGGGGCUUCUUCCAUGGGGUGAGGGAGAUUGUUAGAUCUGAAGGACUGAAGGGGACUUAUCAAGGCCUGACAGCCACCGUGUUGAAACAAGGCUCCAACCAGGCCAUCCGCUUCUACGUCAUGACUUCACUGAGGAACUGGUACAAAGGUGACGACCCCAACAAAGCGAUUAACCCUGUGAUAACUGGACUGUUUGGAGCUGUGGCCGGUGCUGUCAGUGUGUUUGGAAACACUCCCCUCGAUGUCAUUAAGACCAGAAUGCAGGGUCUGGAAGCUCACAAGUACAAAAGCACAAUGGACUGUGCCGUCAAGAUCAUGAAGCAUGAGGGACCAAUGGCGUUCUACAAAGGUACCGUUCCUCGGCUGGGUCGGGUGUGUAUGGACGUGGCCAUAGUCUUUAUAAUCUAUGAGGAAGUUGUCAAGGUCCUGAACAUGGUUUGGAAGACGGAUUGAAAAGACCCCAAGGCUGCACAACCAGGACUGUUGGGACCGACCGUUCACAUUAUUAACCAAGCAGAGUCCACACCAAUCUCCUUAAACCCUGCUUCAAGGUUCUAAUAUCUACCUCUAAAAGUUUUUCAGAAAGACAGAAAGGGAUCAGUCUAUUCUUGACUUUAUUUGUAACACAGCUAUUACAAGCGUGAGCAUUACCUGCAUGAAAGAAAGCUCCAGACUGCAGUCACUGCUUACACUUGCUCUCUUUUCUUAAAUUCCAGAAGGGGGAAGUUCCUGAAGAGCUCAGGGAAAGGAACAGGGCGUUAAUUUAGACCUGAUUGACUAGAGAAAUGGGAACAGUCAGCAAGUGUGUCUCACCCACACAGCUUUGAGUUGAGUUAUACAAAUCCUGUAUGUGCUUAAUCAAAGAGGAACCAGGACCCAACCCAACGUAAUGUGAUUUAGAUGCUGUAGACAAAGAAAUUAUACUUGAAAUGAGAGAUUAUACCAGAGCUCAAACAUUUUAAAGCCCUUUUAUAUGCAAGUAUUUUGAUUUUUUUCUCUCUAUUUUUUAAACAGUACUUCUUAAAACCAUUAUUUCAUUCAGUACCUAAUGAAAUAAUCUAUAUCCAGAUGUCACAUGCUGCAGAAGCUACAGGUACAUUAACAACUAAAUGCCUUAAAUCACAAUAAUUGUUAGAUUAAUCAAGAUUGUAGGACCCAUACUGAUGCAGGUUUUUUUAUUAUGUUGCGUAUGUAUGUAUACAACGUAUUAAGAAAUGCACAUUUCCACAGAGCAGUGGUUGAGGUGUUUUAAAGCAGUUUCAUCUUUAAGUUGCAGAAAUGUUUUAAAUCAGUUAACUUGCUAGAGUGAUGCUAAACAAAGUGCCUAUGUGUUGUGUGAUUCAUUUUGAGAUCUUUUGAGAUUAAGAAUGAUUGAAUGUUGUCUGUUCUUGUUCACUACAGUUUUUUAUUAUUAAUGUACUCAGUUGCACACACUGCAGCAUUGCCAGAUGUUUAAUUCCAGGCCGUUUGUGAAGUAUUUCUGAGAUGUACGUAUCAUCUCAGUUCAUCGUAACCGUUAGUAUUUUGUUGAAUUUUUGGCUUUUAAAUUUGAAAUUGCAUUUUUUUUUGCAUAGACGUGCCUGUUUGAGAAAUGCCAUGAAUAGUGCCUUCCAUCUCAUUCCAUGGAGGACAAGUGGUCUAGGAUAGCUUUUAUUGCAGAUUUUCAGAUUCUGUGUCUAAUUUCUAACUAUGUAACAUUAAUUGCUGUUACGUUCUACACCGACUGAUGACCCAAUGUGCCAACUGCUGCUUAUAUAAUGCCAUGUUUAGACUGAAGAUGUAGCUUGGGAGUCUGGCAUGUUUACAUGCAAUGCAGUUAACUUGUCUACAGAUGUUUACUUUGAGCUACCUUUAGCUUUUUUCACCCUGACCUUGCAUACAUGUAGACUUGUAGACUUUGAGUUUUCAUAUUAACACGUGAAAAAUUUCCAGUAGUUAAAACCAAGAAUUGUGCCUUCAGUCUAAUUAAUUCCAAUAUGUAUGCUCACAAAUAAACAUUGGA